CCCACGAGUCAGAGAGCAAGCUCAACUGACGGCUCCCAGAUGGCGUAUGCACAUUAUCCAGAAUGUGUACAGCAAGAAGUUGUUAUCAGAUGACAUAACCACUGUUAGUGCUAAUGAACUUCAGUUUUACACCAGUUUAUCAGCCACAUGUAUACAGAUUCCCCUGUGGGCAUUAACUGAGAUAUCUUUACCUCGGUGGGACGAUGUUCCCUUACUCCUAGUGGACGGUAUAUCAUUUCACCUGCAGAGUGUCACAGCUUACUGUCUUAUGAACUUAAUAUCCCCCGUUACUCACAGUGUUGCUAAUACAGUGAAAAGAGGACUGUUGAUAUGGCUUUCAGUCAUGACGUUUGGUAACCAAGUUUCCAUUCUAAGCUGGGUGGGUACUUCGCUCGUUAUAGCCGGUGUAUUUCUUUACAACGAAGCUAAGAAGAAGUCAUCUCCUCCUGCCCACAGAACUGCUGUAUUUGUACCAAAUGAUUCAAGUGUUGUUUAACUAUGACGCCUAGUGGAGUUGCAUUUUAUAUCUUCAUUAGUUUUGAGGCUUUUAUAAUCUUCUUCAUAUCACAAUCUUGCCAUUCGUU